CGGUAAACAUACAUUUUUCUUCUUUUCAGGAACGUGAUGUUUGGUGUAAGUGAUUCGUCAGCGGCUGCCAGUUGUGGGUGAGGCGUGAUGCACCAUCCAGGUCCCUAGGUCAUCCACCAACGACCCACGUCACCCACUGAGGAGCCAAAUCACCCACCAACGACCUAACAUCACCCACCAAGGAUGUAGUUGACCUAACAAGGUGCUAGGUCAUCGACUAAUCCCCCAUGUCAUCCACUGAGGCGCUAUAUCACCCACCAAUGACCGUGCUCACCCACCAAGAGUCUAGGUCAUCCAGCAAGAACUAGGUCAGCCACCAGGGGCCCCAACGCGGUCCACGCGCCACGAGCAGAGAGCGGCGAUGACAUAAAGGCCAGACCGGGCUUGUAGAGUCUUGAAAAUGCUCUUGACAAAUACAAGGAGGGAACAGAAUAAACGAAUAUAGCCACUUGGGGUCCAUUGGUGCCGGGGAGGGAGGCGGAGUGACGCCAGCGUCGCAACCCAACAUCGUCCUUAAGUCCUCUCACCAUUGAGAUGAAGUUUGAGCCUGAGACUGUCGCAGUCUCCCGUUGUUAAGAACGCUUUCCUCCUGUGUCUUACGACCCUACAAGAGAAAUUUGAGAGCAGUUGAUGAUGUAUUCGGAAACGAUGUUUCAUGCUAACUACCCACAUGGAUCCCGGAGCUGAAAAUGUGAAUUUUGAGAGGAAAGCUAUAAAAAUAAACCUUGAAACAAGCGCGAGACAACCUCGCCUCUGUGUGCUAGUGUCAUAAGGGUCAGGCUCCAAGGAACCAAAUAACAUGACGUAACGACGUGUUGCAAGACAAUCUCGCACUUAGCUCCAAUAACCACAAGGACUUAACUUGCAGGCGCAGGAUACAAUGACCUAGCCGCGAGCCAAGUUGGUCGCUCUGUGCUGUAGCCGUAAGGGUCAACUUGAUGGCAGACGACGAAGAGGUGCAGCAAGCACACCCAGCCCUUGUGAACCACCUCCAGGGGAACGGUAAGAUGAGGUAGCGAGCCCACGCCAGUCUCACGCCUGUGUGGAGGUGGUAUAAGGCCUGAAACAAGGAUGGUUGGGCCCCCGCCAUGGGAUGUGGACGGAGCACACUUGGCAGUGAUAGUCCAAAGAAGAAUAGAAAGAACGAGGUGGACUCGGACUGCGACAGUGACGGAGACUCUACCAGCAGCGGCGGCGGCUCCUCCAGCAGGAAGCACCAGCAGCAGCAGCUGAGCAAUAAGCACGUUCCAUUCGGUGCUGGCGGUCCCCUGCUGGCCCAGGCGAAGAUCUCUGACAGCCAGCAAGACUUCUUCAUGAUGCUCGACGAGAAGAUAGAAAACGGUCCAGACUAUGACUCUGAGACGGAGGAGGUGGAGCGGCGGCGGCGCCUGCAGGAGUACGCUGAACAAUGGAUGGCCGUCUCUAACAGCCGAGGUCUCACCCAUUCUGCCUUCAGACACCCUGACGACGAUACGUGUGGUUCUGGAGACAUUACAGAAGAUGAUGAGGAUGAUGAUGGGCUCAACGAGCCUGGACGAAUACCAGAUGAAGCAGUACGUGAGCAGUAUAUGUUCAUGGGCAAUCUUUACACCCUUACACACAUUCGCACUGAUGCCGACAAGACAGAACCCAAAGUGGACGUGGUGUCAGUACCCAAGCAUUGUUCAGCGGAGGAAACAAAUGCAGAUGUGGAACUAGGCCACAAGCUCAAUGGAUCUGCAGUACCAGACGAGUUAGAAACGACAGGGAAUGGAGUGGCAGAUGGUGGCAGUGGGGAAAGUAAACAAACAAGGCCACCAUCUAAACCAUCCUCUAGACCUGCAUCUCUCAUUCUUAGAUCUGUAUUCCCAGCAGAUACUGUUCAAGAAUGACCCUCUUUUCUCUAGUGUUGAGAGAAAGCUUAGCAAAUGAGCUCAUAGUAAUUCUUCGUGAGGUUGUCAAGGCCUUGGACAUUUUAAUAAUACAAUUAUGGACAAUUGAGUAAAAAAAAAAAAAAGACUACUAUAUAAAGUGUCAAAACAUAAAGUGGAAUUACUCAAGCU